GCCAGGACGGCCGGGCCGGGACUGCGGGGUCAGGACGGUGGGACCAGGACAGAGGGGUCAGGACGGCGGGACCAGGACGGCGGGACCAACACUGUGUCCCAGCGAGGGCCGAGCCGGGCGGUGGUAGGAAGUCAGGAUGGUGGGGGAACGGCGCCCUGGGGACCUUAUGGUGCCCUUGGGGCCCCGGCUGCAAGCAUAUCCUGAAGAACUUCUUCGACAGCGGCCUGGGCAUGAUGGGCGUCCUGAAUACCUGAUCCGAUGGAGUGUUCUGAAGUGUGGGGAAGUGGGCAGAGUGGGUGUGGAAGAGGGCAAGGCAGAGCACAUCCUCAUGUGGCUGUCAGCCCCCGAGGUCUACGCCAACUGCCCCAUGUUGUUAGGUGAGCGGGCAUUAUCUAAGGGACCUCAGCAUGAAACAGCUGGGGGUUCCGGAAGCUUUCCCCGAGAUCCGGGAGGCCUGGAUGAUGUGGCAAUGGGAGAGAUGGAGGCUGAUGUGCGGGCACUGGUGCGCAGGGCUGCCAGGCAGCUGGCAGAAGGUGGGAGCUCGAGCCUCACGGCCGCUGUGCUCCACACCAUCCACGUGCUCAGCGCCUACGCCAGCAUCGGGCCCCUCACUGGUGUCUUCAGGGAGACAGGCGCCCUAGACCUGCUCAUGCACAUGUUGUGCAACCCUGAGCCUCAGAUCCGUCGGAGUGCGGGCAAGAUGCUGCAGGCCCUGGCAGCCCACGAUGCUGGGAGUCGGGCUCACGUCCUUCUGUCACUGAGCCAGCAAGAUGGCAUCGAGCAGCACAUGGAUUUUGACAGCCGCUAUACUUUGCUGGAGCUGUUUGCAGAGACCACGUCUUCUGAGGAGCACUGCAUGGCCUUUGAGGGCAUUCAUCUGCCUCAGAUCCCAGGAAAGCUGCUCUUCUCCCUGGUGAAACGCUACCUAUGUGUCACUUCCCUGCUGGAUCAGCUGAAUAACAGUCCAGAGCCAGGGACUGGAGACCGAGGCUCCCGAUCCUCAAGGGAGGAUUUUGGCCAGAAGAAAAGCCGGGGGCAGCGGGAGCUGGAGUUCAGUAUGGCUGUGGGCAACCUCAUCUCAGAGCUCGUGCGGAGCAUGGGCUGGGCCCGGAACCUCAGUGAACAGGCCGCAUCGCCACCCCGGCCAACCCGGUCCAUCUUUCAGCCCGGCAUUUCAGGCCCCAGCCUUUUACUCCCCACCAACGUUGCCACCCCCAGGAGGCAAGGGCGGGCCUUCCGCCAGCGCGCUGAAUUCUCUAGCCGUAGUGGCUACGGCGAGUACGUGCAGCAGACCCUGCAGCCAGGCAUGCGAGUGCGGAUGCUGGACGAUUACGAGGAGAUCAGUGCCGGGGACGAGGGCGAGUUCCGGCAGAGCAACAAUGGCGUGCCCCCUGUACAGGUCUUUUGGCAAUCGACGGGCCGUACCUACUGGGUGCACUGGCACAUGCUGGAGAUCCUGGGCCCCGAGGAAACUGCUGAGGAUAUGGCUUCAGCAGCUGUGGAGAAGGGGGCGGGGGCCACUGUGUUGGGCACAGCACUUCCCUCCUGGGACUGGAAGCCAGUGGAUGGGCUCUACUCUUUGCCGUACCUCCAGCCCGAGCCUCAGAAGAACCAGGAACUGGGAUACCUGACCCAGGCUGAGUGGUGGGAGCUCCUCUUCUUCAUCAAGAAGUUGGAUGUAUGUGAGCAGCAGCCAAUUUUCCAGAAUCUUCGUGAGAACCUGGAUGAGACCCUGGGUGAGAAGGCCCUAGGUGAAAUCUCCGUGCCCAUAGCGAUGGCUGAGGAUCUGCUGCAGGUUCUCAGUAAUCGGUUUGAGGGCAGCGCCCUCAGCGACCUGCUCAACUCCCAGAUCUACACCAAGUACGGGCUGCCACCCAAGGCACUGAGCAGCUCGUCUUCUUCACGAAGUCACUCCAGUUCCCCAGAUCUGGAAGAGGAGUCCAAGUCAGAGGCCAACUUCUCAGAGGAAGAGGCUGAGUCCCCCAAAGCAAAGCCCCUUAAGUUAGAGGCAGAUCCUGCCAGGGGAAAAACUGAGCCCCCCAUGGCACAGAGUGAUUCGCAGCUGUUUAACCAGCUUCUGGUGACUGAGGGGAUGGCUCUGCCCUCCGAGGUGAAGGAGGCAGCCAGUGAAAUGGCUAGAGCCUUGCGGGGUCCUGGGCCACGCAGUUCCCUGGAUCAGCAUGUGGCAGCCGUCGUGGCCACUGUGCAGAUAUCCAGCUUGGACACAAAUCUGCAGCUUUCGGGACUCUAUGCCCUCUCUCAGGCCGUGGAGGAAGUCACUGAACGGGACCACCCUCUGGUCAGUCCCGACAGAUCCCUAAGAGAGAAGGUAGUGAAGACGCUGGUGGAGCUGCUGACCAACCAGGUGGGAGAGAAGAUGGUGGUGGUGCUGGCCCUGCGCCUCCUCUACCUGCUCAUGACCAAGCACGAGUGGCGCCCACUCUUCGCCAGGGAGGGUGGCAUCUACGCUGUGCUGGUUUGCAUGCAAGAAUAUAAGACUUCUGUCUUGGUGCAGCAGGCAGGGCUGGCGGCACUGAAGAUGCUGGCCAUUGCCAGCUCCUCGGAGAUCCCCACUCUUGCUGCCGGCCGAGAUUCUAUCCACCCUUUGUUUGAUGCCCAGAUGACCAGGGAGAUCUUUGCCAGCAUUGACUCGGCCACACGCCCAGGCGCUGAGAGCCUGCUCCUCGCCGUCCCUGCUGCCGUGAUCCUGAUGCUGAACACGGAGGGGUGCUCCUCCGCGGUGAGAAACGGCCUGCUCCUCCUCAACCUGCUUUUGUGUAACCACCACACUCUGGGAGACCAGAUCAUAACCCGAGAGCUGAGAGACACCUUGUUUAGACACUCAGGGAUAGCGCCGGGGACAGAAGCCAUGCCCACCACACGCACCAUCCUCAUGAUGCUUCUCAAUCGCUACUCGGAGCCACCGGGCAGUCCUGAGCGUGCAGCAGCACUGGAGACACCUGGCACCCAGGGCCAGGAUGGGUCCCCUGAGCUACUGAUCCGAUCCCUGGUGGGGGGCCCGUCUGCAGAGCUCCUCCUGGACUUGGAGCGUGUGCUGUGCCGAGAGGGUAGCCCAGGGGGUGCCGUGAGACCCCUCCUCAAGCGCCUCCAGCAGGAGAGCCAGCCCUUCCUCCUGUUUCUGCGGACUCUGGACGCCCCCGGGCCCAACAAAACUCUGCUGCUGACGGCGCUGAGGGUCAUGACCCGGCUGCUGGAUCACCCGGAGGCCGUGGUCCUUCCCUGGCACGAGGUCUUGGAGCCCUGCCUCAACUGUCUGAGUGGCCCCAGCAGUGACUUUGAGAUUGUUCAGGAGCUGCUCUGCUUCCUGUAUCGCCUGGCUUCCAUGCACAAAGACUAUGCGGUGGUGCUCUGCUGCCUGGGAGCCAAAGAGGCCCUCGCCAAAGUCCUGGACAAGCACUCGGCUCAGCUGCUGCUGGCCUGUGAGCUGCGGGACCUGGUGACAGAGUGUGAGAAACACGCCCAGCUCUAUAGUAACCUCACCUCCAGCAUCCUGGCUGGCUGCAUUCAGAUGGUGCUGGGCCAGAUCGAAGAUCACAGACGAACCUACCGCUCCAUCAACAUCCCCUUCUUUGACGUGUUUCUCAGGCAUCUUUGCCAGGGCUCCAGCGUGGAGGUGAAGGAGGACAAGUGCUGGGAGAAGGUGGAGGUGUCCUCCAACCCGCACCGGGCCAGCAAGCUGACGGACCGCAACCCCAAGACCUACUGGGAGUCCAACGGCAGCACCGGCUCCCACUACAUCACCCUACACAUGCACCGCGGUGUUCUUGUUAGGCAGCUGACUCUGCUGGUGGCCAGCGAGGACUCAAGUUACAUGCCGGCCAGGGUGGUGGUGUUUGGGGGUGACAGUGUCAGCUGCAUCAGCACGGAGCUCAACACGGUGAACGUGAUGCCCUCCGCCAGCCGGGUGGUCCUCCUGGAGAACCUGAACCGCUUCUGGCCUGUCAUCCAGAUCCGCAUAAAGCGCUGCCAGCAGGGCGGCAUCGACACCCGGGUUCGGGGCGUGGAGGUCCUGGGCCCCAAGCCCACUUUCUGGCCGCUAUUCCGAGAGCAGCUGUGUCGCCGUACAUGUCUCUUCUACACAAUUCGGGCACAAGCCUGGAGCCGGGACAUUGCAGAGGACCGCAAGCGCCUCCUCCAGCUCUGCCCCAGACUCAAUGGGGCUCUACGUCAGGAGCAGAAUUUUGCCGAUCGCUUCCUCCCAGACAGUGAAGCUGCCCGAGCACUGGGCAAGACCUGCUGGGAGGCCCUGGUCAGCCCCCUGGUGCAGAACAUCACCUCCCCCGAUGUGGAAGGUGUGAGCUCCCUGGGGUGGCUGCUGGAUCAGUACUUAGAGCAAAGAGAGAGCUCUCGGAACCCCCUGAGUCGAGCAGCAGCCUUUGCCUCUCGAGUCCGUCGCCUUUGCCACUUGCUGGUGCAUGUGGAGCCUCCUCCUGGGCCUUCUCCUGAGCCGUCCACUCGGCCCUUCAGCAAGAACAAUAAGGGUCAGGACCGGAGCCCUGGGCCUUCACCAGUUCUUCCAAGCAGCAGUCUGAGGAACAUAACCCAGUGCUGGCUGAGUGUGGUGCAGGAGCAGGUCAGCAGGUUCCUGGCUGCGGCCUGGAGGGCGCCAGACUUCGUGCCCCGCUACUGUAAACUCUACGGGCGCUUGCAGAGAGCAGGCUCGGAGCUCUUCGGGCCCCGAGCAGCCUUCAUGCUGGCCCUGCGCAGCGGCUUCUCGGGCGCCUUGCUACAACAAUCCUUCCUCACCGCUGCCCACAUGAGUGAGCAGUUCGCCAGGCACAUCGACCAGCAGAUCCAGGGUGGCCUGAUGGGUGGAACCCCUGGAGUGGAAAUGCUGGGGCGGCUCCAGUGGCACCUGGAGCCCAUCAUGGUCCUCUCUGGCCUGGAGCUGGCCACGACAUUUGAGCACUUCUACCAGCACUACAUGGCGGACCGUCUCCUGAGCGUGGGCUCGAGCUGGCUGGAGGGGGCCGUGCUGGAGCAGAUCGGCCCCUGCUUCCCCAACCGCCUCCCCCAGCAGAUGUUGCUGAGCCUGAGCACCUCGGAGGAGCUGCAGCGCCAGUUCCACGUGUACCAGCUCCAGCAGCUGGACAAGCUGCUCUUGGAGCAGGAGGAUGAGGAGGAACAGGGCCUGGAAGAAGAGGAGGUGAGAGCAAGGGAAAGAGUGGGAGAGCAGGAGAAGACUAGACCAAAGAAGGGAACCCAAGAGCCCUUGAAACCUUCUGUCUCUCAGGAGGAAGAGGAGGAAGAGGAGGCUGAGAAAGAACUAUUUAUCGAAGAUCCGAGUCCAACAGUUUCUGUACUGGUCCUGUCACCACGCUGCUGGCCGGUCUCUCCACUCUGCUACCUGUACCAUCCCAGAAAGUGCCUUCCCACAGAAUUCUGUGAUGCCCUUGACCGAUUCUCCAAUUUCUACAACCAGAGUCAGAACCAUCCAGUCCUGGACAUGGGACCACAUCGGCGACUGCAGUGGACAUGGCUGGGCCGGGCUGAGCUGCAGUUUGGGGACCAGACCCUCCAUGUGUCCACCGUGCAGAUGUGGCUGCUGUUGAAUUUCAAUCAGACAGAGGAGGUGUCAGUAGAGGCUUUGCUGAAGAAUUCUGACCUCAGCCCCAAGCUGCUGCUCCAGGCCCUCCUGCCCCUCACCGCUGACAGCGGCCCUUUGACCCUGCAGGAGGGUCAGGACUUCCCACGUGGGGGUGUGCUGCAGCUCCGUGAGCCUGGGCUCUGGCCCCGUGGGGAGGCCCUGUGGCUGCUACCUCCCCAGACGUACCUGAACGUAGAGAAGGAUGAGGGCCGAACCCUGGAGCAGAAGAGGAACCUCUUGAGCUGUCUUCUUGUCCGUAUUCUCAAAGCCCACGGAGAGAAGGGCCUCCACAUCGACCAGCUGGUUUGUCUGGUGCUGGAGGCCUGGCAGAAGGGUCCAAAUCCCCCUGGAAGCCUGGGCCACUCUGUUGCUGGGGGCGUGGCCUGUACCAGCACCGAUGUCCUCUCUUGCAUCCUGCACCUCCUGGGCCAGGGCUACGUGGAACGACGGGAUGACCGCCCCCAGAUCCUGAUGUAUGCCAGCCCGGAGCCCAUGGGGCCCUGCCGAGGUCAGGCAGAGGUCCCCUUAUGUGGCAGCCAGACCUCCGAGACCUCCAAGCCUAGCCCGGAAGUUGUGGCUGCCCUAGCAUCCCUACAGCUGCCUGCGGGCCGCACCAUGAGCCCCCAGGAGGUGGAAGGGUUGAUGGAGCACACGGUGCGGCAGGUGCAGGAGACGCUGAACCUAGAGCUAGACGUGGCUCAGCACCUUCUGGCUCAUUCCCAUUGGGGCGCCGAACAGCUGCUGCAGCGCUACAGCGAUAACCCCGAGCCACUGCUGCUGGCGGCCGGGCUGUGCGUCCCCCAAGCCCAGGCUGCCCCUGCACGCCCGGACCACUGCCCUGUGUGUGUCAGCCCCCUGGAGCCCGAUGACGACUUGCCCUCCCUGUGCUGCAUGCACUACUGCUGUAAGUCUUGCUGGAAUGAGUACCUGACAACGCGAAUUGAGCAGAACCUUGUGCUGAACUGCACCUGCCCCAUUGCCGACUGCCCCGCCCAGCCCACCGGGGCCUUCAUCCGCACCAUCAUCUCCUCGCCAGAGGUCAUCUCCAAGUACGAGAAGGCCCUCCUGCGUGGCUACGUGGAGAGCUGUGCCAACCUGACCUGGUGCACCAACCCCCAGGGCUGCGACCGCAUCCUGUGUCGCCAGGGCCUGAGCUGUGGGACCACCUGCUCCAAGUGUGGCUGGGCCUCCUGCUUCAACUGUAGCUUCCCUGAGGCACACUACCCUGCCAGCUGUGGCCACAUGUCUCAGUGGGUGGACGAUGGCGGCUACUACGAUGGCAUGAGCGUGGAGGCCCAGAGCAAGCAUCUGGCCAAGCUCAUCUCCAAGCGCUGUCCCAGCUGUCAGGCUCCCAUCGAGAAGAACGAGGGGUGUCUGCACAUGACUUGUGCCAAAUGCAACCAUGGAUUCUGCUGGCGCUGCCUCAAGUCCUGGAAGCCAAAUCACAAAGACUAUUACAACUGCUCCGCCAUGGUAAGCAAAGCAGCUCGCCAGGAGAAGCGGUUCCAGGACUAUAAUGAGAGGUGUACUUUCCAUCACCAGGCCCGGGACUUUGCUGUGAACUUGCAGAACCGCGUGUCUGCCAUCCACGAGGUGCCCCCGCCCAGAUCCUUCACCUUCCUCAGUGACGCCUGCCGGGGUCUCGAGCAGGCUCGAAAGGUGCUGGCCUACGCCUGCGUGUACAGCUUCUACAACCAGGACACGGAGCACAUGGACGUGGUGGAGCAGCAGACCGAGGCCCUGGAGCUGCACACCAACGCCCUGCAGAUCCUCCUGGAAGAGACCCUGCUGCGCUGCAGAGACCUGGGCUCCUCGCUGCGCCUCCUGCGGGCGGAGCACCUCAGCACGGGCCUGGAGCUGCUGCGGCGGAUCCAGGAGCGGCUGCUGGCCAUCCUGCAGCACUCCACCCAGGAUUUCCGGGUUGGUCUCCAGAGCCCAUCAUCAGAGGCCCGGGAGGCGAAAGGAUCCAACGUGCCCGGCAGUCAGCCCCAGGGCUCCUCGGGGCUGCAGGUGGAGGAGGAAGAGGACGACGACGACGACGAGGACGAUGUGCCUGAGUGGCAGCAGGACGAGUUUGAAGAGGAGCUGGACAAUGACAGCUUCUCCUAUGACGAGGAGUCUGAGAACCUGGACCGAGAGACUUUCUUCUUUGGCGACGAGGAGGAAGACGACGAGGGCUACGAUUGAGGGGUAGGAUGCAGGGAGCGCUGGAGCCGCCAGAGUCCUGGGGCCACGGGCUCAGGAGUGCACCCUUCCCCCUGUCGUGAGGGUAGGCGGUUACCAGUGUCUGUGGCACCGUCUUCUGUUCACUGAAUAAACUUCUUUUUUUCAUAUA